AUGGGAAUCUCUAAAACCAGUGAAAUUCCGGUGGCAAUAAAACCUGACUAUGAUAGAGCUAAUGAGCUGAAAGCUUUUGAUGAAACAAAAGACGGUGUUAAAGGACUAGUUGAUGCUUCUAUUACAAGCAUCCCUCGCAUGUUCCAUCACGAAAUUGAUAAAUAUUCAGCUUCAUCUUCAAUUAGCACCACCAAACUUGUUGUUCCUUCUGUUGACCUUGUUGAUAUUCAUCAAGAUCCAACGAGAAGAAAAACAGUUGUUGAGAAAAUUAGAGAAGCAUCUGAGACAUGGGGUUUCUUUCAAGUUGUUAAUCAUGGAAUAGAAGUUAUUGUUUUGGAUGAGAUGAAGAAUGGAGUUGUUAGAUUCUUUGAGCAAGAUUAUGAGGUGAAAAGAGAACUAUACUUCUGCUUUGCCGUAUUUCAGGAUUUGAAAUUUGUGAUUAAUAUACAGUCACACACAACAAAGCUUGUUUAUCAUGUUUACAUAAUUGAAAGAAGUUGUAUGUAG